AUGCACUUCUUCACCAAAUUUCUUCGCGCCGGCGUCAUUCUGCAUAUCGCCUUUCAGUGCGCGUCCAGCGCCGUCCUUCGCGGACGAUCCGGCGAUGUUGAAUCUAACCAGCUUCCAGCAGGCGAAUACCAGCUGUUCUCUCGUGACUCUGCGUUGACUGACGUACUUGAGACUCUCGAUAAGCACUUGAACGAAUUCUUGAACACCUGGAGCAGCGGCCAUCGCAACCAAGAUAAUGUGGACGUUGCCAAGCUCGCAAAGAGACAGAAUGUCCAAAUUCCACGACAGGCCUUGGAAGAACUCUUGAGGCUCAUUCAAUCCAUCGAAACACAGCUCGUGUCCAUCAUUUCAUCCGGCAGCAUCUCGUCAAGUGGAGGCGCUGUUCAACCUCCGACCGACACGGCAGGUAACGCGGAACCAACUGCCUCCCCUGGUCUCACGCCUUCGUCCCCGGCGCAAUCAGCCAACCCUCCUGCAACCUCUUCGCGAGUUUCUGAACCUCAAGCUUCUGGCCUUCCAAGCUCCAACUCACCGAACCCGCCGGCUACCAAUGAUCCCAAUGUAGGUCCUCCUACCCCCACUCCGUUUCUGACAAGUUCUGGUGCAGGCCCUCGUGACUCCAUCACCACGGCGUACGGAACAGCCGCCUCAACCGGUACGCUAUGCAAGAAGACGCUCACUCAGACAUUUACUUCAUACGUCUACGAAGAUGGCACCCCGGCGGUAGCUCCUAAGGCGCGAUCUAUUGAGGAUGAUGACGAAGAUGAGGACCCCGAAUUGGAUGACCCAGAGCAGAGUGUGGAGCAAGUCGUUGAGGUGGUAGAGUCUUGGGUCGACCCUGACGUCCCUGCCCCAGACGACGAUUGGAACCUAGGUCAGAGUGUCGCUGAGUCGUGGGCGUCUUCGAAGACACGCCGGGAUUUGCGAAAAAGUCCCGGCCGCUCCAAUCUCCUUCUGAUUCGGGAAGAAGAAAACGCUCUGGAACUGUUGGACUCGUAA